CUCCUCCCCCUGCACUGCAAGCCCUUGGACUUUCUCCCGCAGCCAUGAGCACCCGCUCAGACACAGCUCCCAUAUUCACCGAGGGUGAGGACUGCAAGGCUGCAUGGCAGGAGGCCACGGCUGCCUACGAUGCCCCCGACACCCACCUGGAGAUCCUGGGGAAGCCGGUGAUGGAACGCUGGGAGACCCCCUACAUGCAUUCGCUGGCGACUGUGGCUGCCUCCAGGGGUGGCCGUGUGCUGGAGGUGGGCUUUGGCAUGGCCAUUGCUGCCACCAAGGUGCAGGAGUUCAACAUCGAGGAGCACUGGAUCGUGGAAUGCAACGACGGCGUGUUCCAAAGGCUGGAGGAGUGGGCACGAGUGCAGCCACACAAGGUGGUGCCACUGAAGGGGCUGUGGGAGGAUGUGGUGCCAACGCUGCCGGAUGGGCACUUCUCUGGAAUCCUAUACGACACGUACCCACUGUCUGCACAGACCUGGCACACGCACCAGUUUGCCUUCAUCAAGGACCAUGCCUUCCGCCUGCUGCGACCCGGGGGGGUCCUCACCUACUGCAACCUCACCUCGUGGGGGGAGCUGCUGAAGGGCAAAUACAGCGACAUAGAGAAGAUGUUUGAGGUGAGGAGACUCAGGUGGCACAGCUGCUGGAGGCCGGUUUCAGGAGGGAGAACAUCAGCACAGCAGUGAUGGAGUUGGUGCCCCCCCGGGAGUGCCGCUACUACUCCUUCCCUCGGAUGAUCACCCCCCGCGUGGUGAAGCACUGAGCAGAGAGGUCCCUCUGGCUGCACACCCAAAGGGGCUCCCGCUGUCAUUUGCUCCACAGACACAAACGUUUGUUACAUUGGGGCUCCGUUUCCAUGCAGAAGCCAAACCUGCCAGGCCAGGCGGGAGGAAUGGGGAGGAUGGGGCAGUUUGAGGCACAUUUCUUAUCAAAUCUCAUGGAUUUCCCAUGAGCUUCCAGCAAAAGUUCCCUCCCAUUUGGCCCUUUUUAAUAAGCUCUGAUUCUUACGACCCUCAUGCAGUUCAAUAGUGCAUAAAUGACGUUCCCCUUCUCUACCCGGAAGGGAUAAAAUCCAUUAAAUCAGACUGAAACACA